CGGGUUUGAUUCCAUUCUACGUAGCCAGCCCUCUGAAUCUGAAAUGUAUAUCACCGGAAAGCGGUCCAGAUUCAAAGCCGACACUAGCAGCCAAAAUUAAUUUCAAAUCAUUGUUCAAACUAGCCACAAAUCUUCGUCAUCAAUGACACCUAACUAAUGAGCACAAUGUCGGUCCCUAUACUCAAAACGAAUUUUCAACGACUCCAAAACCCCAUUAAUUUUUGUACUCCGGCGAUGAAAGUAUCGAGCUUUCAAUCCAGAAACAUCGGAGGAGAUCGAUGACUAUUGCACCCGAAAUCACUUCCCCUCUUCUUCAGAACAAGAACAAGAACAAGAACUAUGCUUCGGCUUCAUCUCCGGCGCCGGAGGAAAAUUCCCCGAUCGAGCAAGUCACCCUCACCGUUCCGGUCACCGACGACCCUUCCCUCCCGGCCGUCACGUUCCGAACAUGGACGCUCGGAUCCCUCGCGUGUGUUCUACUCUCCUUCCUCAACCAAUUCUUCUGGUACCGGAGAGAGCCUCUCUCCCUGACCUCGAUCUCGGCGCAGAUCGCGGUGGUCCCGCUCGGCCACCUCAUGGCCUCCGUCCUCACCGACCGGGUCUUCUUCCAGGGGCGGAAAUGGGAAUUCACCCUCAACCCGGGGCCGUUCAACGUCAAGGAGCACGUGCUCAUCACGAUCUUCGCCAACUCCGGCGCCGGCAACGUCUACGCGAUCCACAUAGUGAGCACCAUCAAGGUCUUCUACAAGAAGAACAUGUCGUUUUGGGUGGCGCUGCUCGUCGUUUUGACCACUCAGGUGUUGGGGUUCGGCUGGGCCGGGCUUUUCCGCCGGUACUUGGUCGAGCCCGCCGCCAUGUGGUGGCCUCAUAAUCUCGUCCAGGUUUCGCUCUUCAGAGCAUUGCAUGAGAAGGAGGAGAGGCCAAGAGGUGGAUUAACAAGGAAUCAGUUCUUCCUCAUUGCUUUCACUUGCAGCUUUGCUUAUUAUGUUCUUCCGGGCUACUUAUUCCCAAUGUUAUCUUCCCUUUCCUGGGUCUGCUGGAUCUUCCCUGCUUCAGUGCUAGCCCAUCAGCUAGGGUCAGGACUGCAUGGUCUUGGGAUCGGUGCUAUCGGUCUCGAUUGGUCCAGCAUUUCCUCUUACCUUGGAAGCCCACUUGCCAGUCCAUGGUUUGCUACUGCUAAUGUUGCUGCUGGUUUUGCCCUUGUGAUGUAUGUCAUUACUCCUGUGGCUUAUUGGCUCAAUGUGUAUAAAGCAAAAACCUUCCCCAUAUUCUCGGAUGGAUUGUUCACGUCUACUGGCCAAAGCUACAACAUUUCAGCUAUAAUAGACCCCCACUUCCGGCUUGACAUUGAUGCAUACGAGCGAGAGGGUCCUCUCCAUAUCAGUACCUUUUUUGCUAUCAUCUAUGGUGUCAAUUUUGCUUGCCUUACUGCCACUGUUGUUCAUGUUCUCCUCUUCAAUGGGAGAGACAUCUGGGAGCUAAGCAAGUCUGCCUUCCAAGAGAAGAAGACAGAUGUGCACACAAAGCUCAUGAGAAGAUAUAAGCAAGUCCCUGGAUGGUGGUUCGUAUGUAUCCUUGUGGCUAACAUAGCCGCGACCAUAUUUACAUGCCAUUAUUACAAUGACCAAUUGCAAUUGCAAUGGUGGGGGGUCUUGCUUGCUUGUGGUCUAGCCUUGUUUUUCACUCUACCUGUUGGAGUCAUUUAUGCCACAACCAAUCAGAUGCCAACUUUGAAUGUGAUCACAGAGUACAUAAUUGGGUAUCUGUAUCCGGGAUAUCCAGCUGCUAACAUAUUAUUCAAAGUAUAUGGACACAUAAGCAUGAAACAAGGAAUCAAUUUUCUCGAAGACUUCAAGCUUGGACACUACAUGAAGAUUGCUCCUCGAGCAAUGUUCAUGGCACAGGUAGUUGGUACUAUCAUAGCAGCACUUGUGCAUUUGGGAACUGCAUGGUGGCUUAUGAGCACAAUCCCUGACAUAUGCGACAGGGCGUUACUACCAGCAGAGAGCCCAUGGACUUGCCCCGGUGACCAUGUCUUCUACGAUGCUUCUGUUAUCUGGGGCCUUGUCGGGCCUCGCAGAAUCUUUGGGGACCUUGGCUACUAUUCGGCUAUCAACUGGUUUUUCUUAGCUGGGGCUAUAGCUCCUGCCCUUGUUUGGCUUGCACACAAGGCCUUCCCAACCAAACAAUGGAUUAGACUUAUUACAAUGCCUGUGCUCUUAGGGACAGUAGUCAACAUGCCUCCAGCUACUGCUGUGAAUUUCACUAGCUGGAUCCUCAUUGGAUUCGCCUCAGGCUUUGUUGCUUACAGGUACUACCGCGGCUGGUGGAGCCGCCAUAACUAUGUGCUAUCUGGAGCUCUGGAUGCUGGAUUAGCCUUUAUGGCGGUAAUUUUGUACUUGUGUCUAGGGAUGCAACAUGUCCACUUAAAAUGGUGGGGAAGUACGCCGGAUGGUUGCCCGUUGGCUUCUUGCUCAACGGAGCCAGGUGUUGUGAUUAAUGGCUGUCCAUUGAUAUGAGAAAACCUUCUCCAAUUGCAUUGUAUUGGUUUCAUAAUUCUUUUGGUUAGAGUAGAACUGUAUAUAAUUUGUGACUAUUUGAUAAUGGUUAAUACUAAAUAGUAAAUACCAUUCCUUUCA